GGCAGCUACACUAGCAACGCCUAUCCGUAGACCAUGCCGAGGAGCUAAAUAGCUCGUGCGACGGUCCAUCGGGUAUGAGGGGAGGGGUCGCAGCUCGGUUGAGCUCGACGGAAAGGUUCCGCUCGUCGCUGGUCUGACUAUGGUCCUCAAAUAACUACUUUGCGCACGAUGCACUCCCACCCGGAACCCCGAGGCUUGCACGCCUUCCGUUGCGGAAGCUUACCUCCAGCUUCCCUGCUCCGUCUCUUUCAUCCUCUUCUUGCUCUGCCCUCUGUGCUCUGUGCAUUGUUCUCCCCCACCGUGCUUCUGGCCUCGUAUACGUUAAAGACGGCCCGGAAAGAUGGGCGGAACGCAGCCGUGGCCGCAGGUUCCUGUGGGGAAUAAGGAUCAUACGCAGGCGGCUGUCGUCAUCAUUGGGGCGGGGAUCUCUGGGAUUUGUAUGGCUAUUGAUCUCGUCAAGCGGAACCAAUGCCACAACUUUAUCAUUGUGGAGAAGAGCUCUGGUGUGGGCGGGACGUGGUAUGAUAACAAAUACCCUGGCUGCUGCUGCGAUGUAUGGAGCAUGCUCUACUCCUACUCCUUCGAGCAAAACCCCGACUGGACGCGCGAAUACCCUGGCCAGGAAGAAAUCCUUGACUACCUUCGCAAUGUAGCCCACAAAUACCACCUUUACAAAUACAUCCGCUUCAACACGUCGGUCGACGCUGCAACAUGGGACGCCUCCUCCUCGCGCUGGAAAGUCGAUGUCAGUGUCACGGGCGGCAAGGACGCUGAGUCCAGCCCCGGCUAUACGAUUGAGUGCGAUUUUUUGGUCAGUGCGGUGGGCCAGUUGAAUCAGCCCAUGUACCCGGAUAUCGAGGGGUUAGAGCGGUUUCGAGGGAAGGUUAUGCACAGUGCUCGGUGGGAUUGGAGUUACAGCAUUGAGGGGAAGAAGGUUGGGGUUAUUGGGAAUGGCGCCACCGCCGCCCAAAUCAUCCCCGAGAUCCUCCCCUCCACCAAAGACCUAGUAAUCUACCAACGCACCCCCAACUGGAUCAUCCCCCGCGGCGACGGCCCCGUCUCCUCCCUCCGCCGCUUCCUCUACCGCUACCUACCACCCCUCCGAUGGCGCGUGCGCGCCCAGCAAAUGGACUACCGCGAGUCUUUCUACUCCGCCGUCACCGCGCCCGAGUCGCCCUUCGCCGACCAAAUCCGCGAAUGGUGCCAGGACACGAUGAAAGCGCAAAUCCCCAACCGUCCGGACCUGUGGGAGAAACUGGUCCCGGACUACGCGCCUGGCUGCAAGAGAGUGAUUAUCACGGACGACUACUACCCCGCUGUCGCCGACCCGAAGACCACGCUCGAAACGAACAAGAUUGUCCGCAUCACUGAGACGGGCGUCGAGGUCGAGGAUGGCCACGGCGGCACCGUGCACCACGAGCAUGAUUUCCUUGUCCUGGCGACGGGCUUCCGCACCGUGGAGUUCCUCUUCCCGAUCAAGAUCACCGGCGCAGACGGCCAGGCGCUCUCGGAUAUCUGGGCUGGAGGCGCCUCGGCGCUGUACGGCACUACCGUGCCCUCGCUCCCGAAUUUCGGCAUGUUCUACGGGCCGAACACGAACCUGGGGCAUAAUUCGAUUGUGCUGAUGAUCGAAGCGCAGAGCAGGUAUUUGAACGAAUUGGUGCGUGCGGUGCUAGAUGCGCGGCACAGAGGGGAACGAAUCGGCAUCAUGCCGAAGCAAAGUAAGACGGAUGUCUUCAACGAGAAGAUCCAGGCCAUCCUUUCGAAAUCCUCCUUCGCGGACCCGAAGUGCGGAAGCUGGUAUAAGACGAAGGACGGGAAGAUUACGCAGAACUGGAGCGGGACUGUGGUGGAAUAUCAGGAGGUGUUGAGUAAGGUUGACUGGGAGGAUUUUGAGGUCACGGGUGGGAACCGUAGUGGGCAGAGUGCGAGCAAAGUGGUGUUUGGGGAUGGGAAAAAGAAGACGCGGAUUGGGCGGGUGAAGGAAGAGACGAGCGUGAGUAAUUUGGGGUUGCUGGCGGGGGCUGUGAGUGUGGCUGCUGUGGGGGCGGCGUGGGUGUGGAGGGGGAAGUUGCCUAGGAGGCUGGGCUUGGGUUCGUCAUAG